GCUGGCUCGGACCUGCAGUUAUUUUACGCGUCUCGCCAGUUCCAGCUUUCACUUCUCUGCCUUCCAACUUCUCCCCUAAACCCUCUUGGGGGGCUUGAAGGGGACGUUUCUGCGGUUCCACCACAAGAAAUGCUGUUGGAGCCCCGCACCUGCCGCCUUCGCGUUUGAUAGUAAACCCGAAAACAAAAACAAACAAACCCGAAGAGGCGCUCGCUCGUCCCGUCAGAAAUCAGGAUGGAGGGCUCCAGCGUCGGCCGGCUCCCGUCCAGGGGUUUUCCGCCCGGCGAGGGUUUUUCCGCCGAAGCGUCUGCUCCGACCGUGCCGGUCCAGGUGAAGAAGCAAGCCGUGAAGCGACACCACCACAAACACAACCUGAAGCACCGCUACGAGUUCCUGGAGACACUCGGGAAGGGAACGUACGGCAAAGUGAAGAAAGCCAAGGAGAGAUCCGGCAGACUGGUUGCCAUUAAGUCCAUCAGAAAAGAUAAGAUCAAGGAUGAACAAGACCUGGUUCACAUCCGCAGAGAAAUUGAGAUCAUGUCAUCACUGUGUCACCCGCACAUCAUCACCAUAUAUGAAGUAUUUGAGAACAAGGACAAAAUCGUGAUUGUGAUGGAGUACGCCAGCCGCGGGGAUUUGUACGACUACAUCUGCGACAGGAGGCACGUCUCCGAGCGCGAGACGAGACACUUUUUCAGACAGAUUGUGUCCGCCGUGCACUACUGCCACAAGAAUGGAAUCGUUCACCGGGACCUGAAAUUGGAGAAUAUUUUACUGGAUGGAAAUGGCAACGUCAAGAUUGCUGACUUUGGCCUGUCAAACCUUUACCACAGAGAUGAGUAUCUCCAGACAUUUUGUGGUAGCCCGUUGUACGCGUCCCCAGAGAUCGUAAAUGGCCGGCCAUACCGCGGGCCGGAGGUGGACACGUGGUCUCUCGGGGUGCUGCUGUAUACUAUGGUCCAUGGCACUAUGCCCUUCGAUGGGAACAACCACAAGGCGCUCGUCCAGCAGAUCAGCACCGGAAACUACCGAAAACCAAACAAACCCUCUGAUGCGUGUGGUCUCAUUCGUUGGAUGCUGAUGGUAAACCCUGAGCGCAGAGCUACAAUCGAGGAGAUAGCGGGACACUGGUGGCUAAAUUGGGGAUACCAGCAAUCCCUGCUGGCUGAGACAAAGGCCAACCAAGUUGAGGAGUCUACGUUGACGGGGUCUCAGUCAACGCAGCACCCGGCCGGGCUGGCUAGCGUCGCCAACUGGCUGCGGCGUACGUCGAGGCCUUUGCUGGAGAACGGCUCCAAGAUGCGCUGUCUGCUCCGCUCGCAAGGUAGCGGCGGGGGCGAUGUGGUGCGCCAACGCUCGCUGCGUAGGUCUCGGAAGGAGAAUAACGUAUCCCAGCCCAUCCACGAAGGGGGUGCAGACAUGAGGCCUUCCAAGGGUAUUUUAAAAAGAAGAAAUAGUGUGAAACAAAAGGUGAUGAGCGAGACCCUUGUUGACAGUUCAGCUGAGCAUCAGAACAUUUUAGGCUUGUCAACCCCGGCCAGCGCCCCCUCAGCUGCAAUGCUACCUCGCAAAGGUAUCCUCAAGAAACCCACAGAGCAGGAAUCGGGCUACUACUCCUCCUCUCCUGAGAACAGCGAUUCUGGCUGGGUCGCACAAUCCAAAGCAUCCCCCCCAGCAUCAACACACAGGAAAGGCAUUCUCAAGCGAAACGGAAAGUUCUCCUCCGGGGGGCUGCAGGAGUUUGGCUCGUUGGAUCAGCUGGCGGUUUCAUUACCCAGCAGAGGCCACAGGGCAAGAUCGAGCUGCGCCAUCAGCGAAGACAGCAUUUUGUCCUCGGAAUCCUUUGACCAGCUGGAUCUUCCGGACUGUGUCGGACUUCCAGCGUGCGCAGAAAAAGCCGGCAGGCCCACCAUGAGAGGAUGCGUGUCGGCUGACAAUCUGCUGGACAUUCAAGAGGAUGCCAUUCUUGGGGAUGGGCUGCAGAGGCAGUGGAACUGCUUUGAAGCCGGAGUGGCUGACAGUGCCUUCUCUAUUACAGACUGCGAUAAUGUCACUGAGGCUUACAAGCAAGCCUUGAUUAUUCACAGUCCUGCUAAAAGCUGAACAACGCAUGGCGAGAGCGCAUUGUGACAAUAUAUCACCGCACCGUCGGCGUCGCCUUAGUGUCCAACAUCAAGAAUGCCGAAAAAAGGGAGGGGUAAAAGAUAUUUCAUGGCUUGGUAAGGUUAAAAAAAAUGUUCUAAGAAUGCAGGUCGGAGUCUCAGGUGCUCAAACUGUGCAUGAUCAGAUAGUCAUCCAAAACCAAAACACCUUGAAUUUUUUUUUUUUUUUUUUUGUACGACAUCAGUCGAGAGCUCUUGCGCCAAUUAAAUAACCAGGUGGUUUUUCUCACUCAGGCAGUUGGAAAAGUAUUUAUGGCUUCACGGCUCUUUUAUCAUUUUGCGCCGUUGUCAGUCAGGUUCAACUGGAGUUUUGCUUUGCUUGUAUCCCUCUGCCGCGGCUUUUACUGCGUUUUAUGAUACAAUCAAACGACAUUUCAUGAUGCCAAAGAGCGCUCUUGUGAACACGAGUGUGACCGUUUUUGUCUUUAACGGCGCAGGACAGGGAUCUCGGUCGUUAUUUACAAUCCACGUUUCUCUUGAAAUAUGGUCCAAGUUUGACCGAUAACUUGAAUGACGACUUGACACACUGACGCGGAACAAGCCGAGCCUGUCGAACCUGCCGUCAACACCCAACUCUACCCCGGCGCACGUGCACAGGUAGACGGCGCUUUUCAACAUGCACCAUUUUCCAGCCGCAGCCCAAGAAAAACAGCAGCAAGUGUUCAAAGUAAACUGUGAGCUUGAUUAGCCGAAUGUUAAUGUGUAACUGCCGAAGUCAACGACGGCGCUCGGGCGUCUGGGUUUACGCCUCAGGUCGUGGAAAUACUACGGGAAAUUUGUUAAAAGCUAGAUAAAAAGUUUUACUCUCUCUCUUUUACCUGAUAUGCACUUGCUGAGAACAAAAAAACCGGGAAUAAGCAUGUCUAUACAGCAUAAUACUAUUCAAAUACUUGGUAAAUAUUUGGCUAAUAUGCUUCAGGGGGUUUUCCAUGACAUCCACGGUAGUAAAAAAAAAAAAAAAAAAAAAAAAAAAGGAGACAUCUUGUUUUUGUGUUGACUAUUUCACACUGGAAGUCCUGACAUUACUUGCUGAAUAAUAGAGAAUAUCAAAAAGUGGCAAGUUUUCACAUCUGAUAAGUUGGGUGAAAUUACUUUGAUUUCAUGUAAAGAUGCCCAGAAUUCAGAAUGGCAAACCUCUCCUGACACAUCUUUUUUUUUUUUUUUUUUGUUUUGAUAUGGCAACAUGUUUUGUUUUUCUUGAACAAACUGAAGCUUAUCAGGCAUGCAAAGCAGAUGUGAAUGUGUGUACAGUAACAUGCAAAGUUGAAACUGUCCAAAUUUCAGCGAGUUCUUGUCAUUUCAGGAAUGGAAGGAGGAGUGUUCGUAAAAGCAAAAAUAUCCCUUUUUUGGGGGACCAUUUUAUGUGCGUUUAAGGGUUUUCUUACCUUUUUGGAAUCAAACUCAAUUUGUAUUUUUUAAAUGUGCCAAAGUUCUGUUGUAUGACUCUUGUGACUGGGAUGGGGGCAUCAA